UGUUGGAUACGACAGGAGAACCACGGGCUCUGUUGCCAUCCAUCUUUCACACCGACUGACCCCCUUUGCAGUUUUGUCAGACGUUAGAUUAAUUACUGUUAAUUCACGACACCACCACAGCAUACCUGCUUUGUCACGCGUUAGCUGAUGUUUGGAAGGCACCUCGGCGUUCCAGAGAAUCGCUACCUGCUGAAUCAGGAACUUCAAAGAGGAGCGUGAGUGACAACCUCGGGCACUUUUAUUGACGGAUUCAGAGGGGUAUGACAUCAUGCCAGGGGAGAGUCCCCCGGCGCCCCUCCCCCUCCCCCUCCCUCUUCCACAGACUGCCCUGACCGCACUACCCCUCACCACCUCAGAGGGUGCCAGAGAUGCAGAGGGCCCCCACCACCACAGCCUGGAGGGCCUGGACCUCUUCCUGAGUCCCAUGGGAGUUCUGGGGCCGUCAGAAGCCCCAAAACAGUGGCCUUCUCUGGGGUCCCUGGGUCAGGACGGCACCCUCUCCCUGGAGGGCCAGCUGGAGAGGCGUUGGCUGUUGUGGCAUGAGUUCAUGAGGGAGCGCUCCCUAUUGGACGACUGGCUGCAGAGGGCGGAGCAACAGGCUGCCUCCCCCAACACCACACACGUCCUGCACGCAGUCGCCAGGGAGGAACUCAGCAAGUUUGAAGCGCUGCAGGGUGAGUGUGGUGCGCGUGUGUCUCAGCUGGACUCCUUGACAGUGCGCAGUCGCUCCCUGCUGCGGCUCUUUGACGGCGCCAUGCGGGCACGCCUGGUUGCCAUGACGAAGGAGUGCGGCCAGCGAUGGGAGAGGCUGAGCCAGGCCCUGGACUGCAUCUGCCGACGCCUACGGCACUGUGUGUCCCAGAGAGAGGCGUUCGACGUCCAGAGGGAGGAGAUGGCGGUGUGGCUGGCCGAUAUGGACCUGCGCCUCACCGAGCUCGAGCAUUUCUCCACCAACAACACGGUCACCAAAAUGCACCAGCUACAGAGUUUCCAGGAGGCGGUGGCUGAGAAUGCGUCUCGUCUGGGUGCGCUGCUGGAGUCCGGCGAGGCCCUGAUCCAGCGUAGCGAGCCCACGGACGCCCAGGCCAUCGAGGGCCAACUUCACGACCUGCUGCACUACUGCGCUCGCGUGUUCGAGGGGGUCGGACGACUACACACACGCCUGCUGAGUAUGAGGCUGGUGUUUGAGGAUGACUGGACCCUGUCUCCACACGUGGACUCCGGCUGCCCGUCCGAAACCCCGCCCGAUGACGAAGAGCCGUCUUGCGAUUGGCCGAGCAGCCCCAAGCCCAAGACUGCCCCCUCCCACCCUGCCUGUCAGGUGGCCCAGGACAGCCUGAUGUUAGAAUGGGACCCCUCGGUUGACAUCGGAGGCUCCACCCCUUCUAAUGAUGAUGCUGACUCCUCCUACUUCAGCGGACCCACAGGUGUUUGUCAAGUGGAGGAGUUUCUGGGUGGAGAUGCCACCAGCAGGAGGAGACAUCACCUGAAAUCCUCACUGCACAAGGUGUUCCUGUGCAGAGGUGAAACCACCGCGCGCCUCCCCAGAGACCCGGAGACCACACCUUCAGGCCUCAGUGACUGCAGUAGUGUCAGUAGCAGCCGCAGUGGUAGUAGCCACCCCCAUCGUCACCACCACCACGGUCACAGUCACCCCGUCCUGUGCCGCACCUCCACCCCCGCGGUGAGGCCCCCUGAGCCGCUCACCUUUGACCCCCAACGUGUCACCGCGUGGCUUGGACAGACGGGAGGCCCGGUUGCCAUGGAGACCCAGAGAAGGCCCUGCUCCCACUCCAAGUCUGUCCAAACGGAGCACACGUUGGAGUGUUUCAGCUGUGUGGAGCAGUGGGGUGUGACUGACUGCUGCCUCCAGAGACGCGACUGUGCCCCUCACCAGCAGCACCAGACAUGUGCGGACACACACGCCCACCCGGCAUGGUCACAUGACUCCCAGCCCCAUCCUGAUUGGUCAAAUGGCCACUCGCGUCAUUCGGAGUCACAGAGUCUGCAGGAAAGCCCUCUCUGCCCUGACCCCCAGCCUCAGAGUAAUGAUGAUGAGAGGGAGGAGGAAGAGGAAGAGGAGGAGGAUGAAGAGGAGGGGAGGCCCCUCUUGAAAGCCUGCGCUGCCUGUUGGUCGGAGGACUCCACUGCAGGCCACCAGGGCUGGAGCUCCAGGCUGGGGCUGCAGAGGCUGGGCGGCUGGAGCUGGAGCCCCAGGGAGGUGCCAGGUGCCCUGGCCGUGUUGGGUCUUCUGAUGGGUCUCCUCCUGGUGCUGCUGGCAGUCGCCUGGUACCCCACAGAGCCCUCCUCCUCCCCGUCGGCGCCCUCGGCAUCAGCGUGUCACCGUGCCAACCGGCUGGGGCGCUCCUUCCACCUGGCGCUGACGUACGUCAAUGGCCCUCCACCCACCUGAGCAGGAGGUGGAGGGAGGAUAGGGAGGUGGCACCUCCUCAUCACCACCCCCACCUCCACCUGUGCAUCAGCACCCACCAAUGACAUUUCAGAGUGUGUGUUUUGCGUACGUGUGUUUUUUUUGUGAGCAACCACGAACCACCAACGUUUCAUCAGAAACCAUCAGUGUCAAAAUGAUGUCACAUUUAAAAUAUGGGGGAGAGGGGAAAUACGUUGCACCAGUACGUUGUGCCUUAGUUGGCCAGGUCAGGGUACAGUGUAAGCUUGGCUUGGCCACAAUGGGGAGAUUUACAGUAAAUCACAUUUCAUUGUGCGGUCAGGAUGAAACAGCCAGUGCCUUAGGAACAGAUCCAGCUAUCCUCGGCCAGAACUGGACCACUGGGAACCACAUCAUAAAUAACCGAGUGUGUGUGUGUUUGUGUGUUAGUGUGUGUGUGGUUGUGUGUGAGUGCGUAUUAUUCUAAAAGGGUUUUUGGGAAGACAUCUUUCUGUACAGCUAAUCAAUAUCUUAAAUAUAGCAGUGCCUUUUGGAACAAGUAAAGUUUGAUCACGUCCUUCCUUCCGUCCUUAGCAGGAUAGCCAUACACAACAGUUACAGUAGCCACAGCAGCAGCAGUAUAGCAUUAUUAUUAUUCUCUUUACAAGAACCACUAGCUCAAGGCAGCACGUUAAUAUAGGAUGGGCACUAGUUCAAUAUGUAUGACUGCAGAUAAGCUGAUUAGAUAGAUUAAAGACAUACAGUGGGCUGAGACCGAGGGAGACGGGGUGGAUGGAGAAAAACACAGCACUAUGGGACAACAGGGCCCACAAUCCCUGGCUUAUUCCUCUUCUUCCUCUGUCUGUCUCUCCUCCUCCUCCUCCUGUCCCUCUUUCCCUUCAUCUCCUCCGAACACACAGUCCACUUUUCUUUUGCAGCUUUACAGAUGAUGGUAACUUGCAUGUGGAAGCUAACUGAGCAAAGUGACUGAGCAACAGGAUAGGCUCUUAAAAUAUUGUCUUUCUUUUCAUAUGGGGUUAUUUGUGAAAAAUGCCCCCCUUUAUCUAGAUUAUCCUUGUAAAGAACACAUUUGCCUAGAAUCAUUGAUGAUGUGCGCCAUUUGCAUUUAUUGAUCGAGUUGCUCUGUCAUUAUUGUUUACGAAGCGGUCCACGUAUUUACCUUUACUGUAUGAGGUGGGAGGCAAUCCGUACUGCUUUAUUCAUUUGUGAUGUUGAUACAUUAUUGCAAAGGACAUCUUCUACUGGAGUAGUCAGCUCUGUAGAAUUACUUUUGUUGUUGGAUUGAAUACAUUGUGCAUUCUACUUCGGUAGUUUGGUUUGAGAUUGGGCUGUGUACUUGCUAAUUCUCUGCUAUGCAGGGGGUGUGUGCAGGCGUGUGUGCACAUGCGUGCGUGCGUGCGUACAUGCACGAGCGUGUGUGUGCGUGUGUUUGUGUGUGUGUCUGCUGUGUGCAAAAAAAGUCCUGUAAUAAUUUAGUUUUUGUAUGUUGUUUUGUUUUGCUUUGUUGCUACUGCCUGGGGAAAUGGGGGUCAGUUCUCCACACAGCACCAAAGAGUUCUGCCCACAGUGGACCUAGCUCAUAAAUAACACAGUACACACUCAAGCUGUGCUGUGUGUGUGCAUGCGUUUGUACGUGCAUGCCUGCGUUUGUGUUUGUUUAUAUAUUUUAUUUGUAAAAUGUCUGGCUGUCUGAUUAUGCACUUCCAAUCAGUAGUUCAGUGGUCAACGCUUUUGAAAAUAAAUAAUAAAUGCUCAUUCUUACAAGAGAUAUGAAUUUGUACUAACCAAAGACUGUCAAUAAGAUAUUGUGUUUUCCUAUGUUAUAAUUAAUAAACUAUAACAAGCUAAGAAAA